UAAGCAAAAGCAAAACUAUAAAGGCUGCCAAAACAACACACACGCACGCAGUCCUCGUCCUCGAAGUCAGGGAACUCUCAUCGAAAUGGGCCGCACCCAGCGAAAGCGCCGCCAAAGGCCCAACCGACAGCCAACCGAAGACCGCAGCUCCGUGAGGGAUCUCUAUGUCCAGCUUCACUCACAGGGCUGGCAGAAUGAUACCCACUUAUCCGUCAAGAUCUACCCUCAAACUGGCCGAGGACUCUGCUCAAAAACGGAUACCUUCUCUGCAGAAGAUGAGCUGAUUCGACUACCUGUUAAUUGCUUCAUAAGCAUAGCUACCCUGGAGUCAGAUGGAGACUUUAAGGAUCUUUUCAACAAGGACCUCUUCGACACCGAUGCUAGAAUAUCCUUCCAAGCCUUAGUAGCUUGUUACUUAAUGCACCAAAAUCAUCUCAACGAAUGCUCACAAAGCUCGAAUUACACAGCUUACUUGGAUACCCUGCCCAGAAGCUAUACGACUCCAUAUUUUUGCUGCAUUCCCGAACUGCAGUGCCUCCCGGAAUGUUUGCUGGAGCGAACUGUGGCCCAAAACAGGGUAAUCAAGGGAUACUACGAAAUAAUUAAGGGCCUUGUUGGUUUUCUUAAGUGUCAUUGCUGUGGGCAGAGCUACUGUCAGGACAUUUGGACCUUGGCGGAGUAUCGAUUGGCCUACUUUGCAGUUAACACGCGAAGUGUCUAUCUAAGUUCACGUUUCUUGAAAAAGCCAAGUAAUCACUUUCAAGGACUCAUCAGUGGGGACACGAAUCUAGCACUGGCACCCUUCCUUGACUUAUUUAACCACUCCGAUUCAGUACAAACGACGGCCGAGAUUCAUGGACAGAAUUAUGUCGUCACGUUAAAGGAUCUACCUACUCCUCAAACCAAGCUACAUGAUCAGUUGUUCAUUAGCUAUGGGGCGUUGCCAAACUUUAAACUACUGACGGAGUAUGGUUUCUGGCUGGAAAACAAUGCUAACGACUAUUUUGAGUUCUCUAUUCUGGACAUUGAACACCUCAUCAAGCAAAAUAAGCAGUUAUCCGCAGAGACCUACCACCGGAACAUCUUCAAAUUCAUCAGGGAGCACAACUUGUGCGAUCAAAUGUUUGUCCAUCUCGAAGACGGCUGCUCCCACAACCUACGGGUGGUACUGCAUCUCAUCUUUAAGCAACAAUCCUACUUCCCCAACAUACUCAAUCAGAUAGCCUUUGGAGAUGUCGAACAGUUCCAGGAUGUGCAGCCAGAGCUUAACUAUUUGGUGGCCCACAAGAUCGUGGAGUAUGGGGUUUUUGUGGCAGAACUGGAUAAGCUUCCUCGGCUCACGGAGAGCGGCUCGGUGGCACGAUCUUAUCUGCUGGAGUGCAUACGCUAUCUAAAGGCCUUUCAGGCGACGAACUCUAUAAUUGAUGAAGAAUAAUUUUUUUUAUACUUUACCCUUUUUUUAGGAAAUAGUCAUCUAAUGAAUAAGAGUAGAUAAAGAUUUUUUUUCAUACCACUUAAAAAACAAACCUAAAUCUUGGAAAUCAUAAACCUCUAAGGUUUACUUAUUUUUUGUACCACAUAAGUUUUUAUACUCCUAAAUAUACAGGCGACUAUUAACAACAGCUGCCAUAAACCUUAACGAA